UUACCUCAAGAAUCGAUCAAGAUGUAUUGCAGGUCUGCCUACGUUUCCGAUUUUUUCUCCCUGGCGGGGUCUUUCCACGCGCCCGUGGUGCUACAGAUGGACAAAGUUUAACACAGUCGCGCUGCCAAUUCCUCUCCUCCCAUGCAAAGAGGGAAAGGGAAGAAGAGAUAUGACGGAGUACGAUGAUCGCAGCUGUGCGUCAAAUAUGUAUUUACCGAGCUGUACUUAUUACGUUUCGACGCCCGAUUUCACAUCAGUGUCCUCGUUUUUACCGCAGACCACUUCGUGCCAGGUUAAUUUCCCCUAUUCUCCCAACCUAGCCCAGGUCCAACCUGUUCGAGAAGUCGCUUUCAGGGAUUAUGGACUGGACCACCCCAGCAAAUGGCACUACAGGGGCAAUUACGCGUCUUACUACUCGGCGGACGAGAUAAUGCACCGGGACUUGAUCCAGUCCUCCAGCAGCAGCAGGGCGGAAGUGAUUUUCAAAAACGAGUCCUUGUACGGCCACCACGGAGGUACCAGCUCGCCGUGCAAUUUCUUCACCGGUGUUGGUCGAAACGGGGUUCUCCCCCAGGGCUUCGACCAGUUUUUUGACCCCCCUAACCCGGACAAGCUCAGCGCGGAGCUCCCCAAACAAAAGACAGACUGUGCUGCUCCGGGAGAUGCUACAGAAAACGAGGAGCCUUUAACCAAAGUGGAGCAGCAGGAGCAGCAGGAGCAGCAGCACAAAGCGGAUCCGAGCGCGAGCGUGGACGAGGACUCAUCCUCCAACUGCGGCGACAAGAACAACCAACAGAGUUCAUCAACCAAGUCCAGGAAGAAGAGGUGUCCUUACUCCAAAUACCAGAUCCGAGAACUUGAACGAGAGUUUUUCUUCAACGUGUACAUUAACAAAGAGAAGCGGCUGCAGUUGUCCAGGAUGUUAAACCUGUCUGACCGCCAGGUGAAGAUUUGGUUCCAGAACAGACGAAUGAAGGAGAAAAAGCUGAACCGCGACCGCCUACAGUAUUUCACCGGGAAUCCUUUAUUCUGAUAUUCUGACAUGGCAACACACACACACACACUCUCUCACACACACACUCACACACACACAUACACACACGUAAAGACUCUGUAUAUUUGUCUCAUUCUCUCCAAACUGUUUAUUUCACAGACAUGUGGCAUUUUAAAAAACAAACAAGGUGCCACCUCUCUUUUCUGGCAUUUAUUUAUUCUGUGUUCCUAUAUUUUUCGCGUAAGUGGCAACACAUAUUUCCCCAAUGCGCGUGCUGCGUUUUGCAAAUUAUUUAUAUUAACUAUGUGUAGCCUUCUUCCUUAACUGUGUACUGUAAUGUGCAUUUAUAAAGACGCAUGUAAUGUACGUUGUGGUGUGAAAUUAAGUAGACACGAAACAAAACAAAACAAAAAAAACAAGUAUUUUAGUCACAAAACUUGUCACAUGAACCAAGUGGUGCGAAAACGUUCAUGUGGGGAUUUUUCUACACAGAGUGCAGAGGGUUUGCAGAGGGUUUGCUGAUUGCAGGCCUAAUGUUCCCGUUAUUUCCUUUUCUUUCUAACACUGUGGUGUUUACUAAACCUUGAACCGUCUAGACAGUACAAUAAACCUAGCUGUAAAUGUCUAAAUAGGGGGCUAUUGGACUUUGGUGUCCCAGCCCCCCAGACCACAAGAAGACUUUUUAUUUUCUUGACUCACAGUAUAGUUUCACGUCAGGCUACAAAUGUGAGGAGAAUCCAAGAGAAUUCGUCUAUAUUUAGCCUCCCUGCGACUGAACUGUUGCGGGGUUAACAUGGGGAACAAUGGAAUAUAUUUUGAUGAGGACCGCCAUUUGAAAAGAUAAGUAAUCUUUCAAGUUUAUGUGCUCGCGUAGAAUUAAUAAUGGGCGUAAUGUGGCUUUGGAUCUGCUGCAGAGGAAGAUGGUUUCUAAAUAUAACAAGGGAGGCAGAGGGGGGAAAAAAACGGAUUUUGCUCUUUAAUUAAUGCAGGUGAGAGCUGGAUAUGCAAGAAGUAAAACCUUCACUUCACACAUGACAGCAGUACUUGGCUAUUAUUCUUAUUUUUGCAAUGGCUCGACAAAAUACAUGCAUUAAUUCCACAUCUAAUCCUUUUGAUACAAGUGUGUGUAUAUGUGUGUAUAUAUACACACACAUGUGUGUGUGUUUUCAUUUUCGCUUCAAGUGUCUGCAGCAACAAUUAGGCCUCGCUCCUCCUGUUUUCAGCGACCUUCAAGAAAACAUUAGAGCGGGAUUAAUGCUCAUUUCAUUCGGUAUACUUCCCCACAAUGGCUGUUAGAAAACUGAGGUUUCAUUAAGCGAUUAAUUGGGUUGUCAUCAUGUCCUACAGUGAAAUGACAUGACCAACUGUGUUGAGUGUCUCACUCUGUUUCUCGGUGUAUCCACAUGAGGGCAGACUUGCUACUUGGGCUCGAGGUUGGAAAUGCAGAGUUCAGCCAAAUUGACACCCAUGCAGCUUCACCCUGCACGAAAAUUAGCCAGUGACGGAAACUCCGUUCUAUACAGUUUUUUUUUUUUUUUAAUGAAGGUUUUUAUUUUGAUUUCAACUGCACUCACUCGCUAUAAAUGUGCUGUUUUCAUCAAAGUUAUUAUUGCUUUAUAAAAGGGAAUAUUUCCUGCCUGGUUUGAAACCAAACAACUAAAAAGGUGUAUUUUCUCUGAAGGUCUAGCGAAAGUAUUGUUAAAUGUGACACAUGAUCUUUUUUUUUAAAUUACCUUUUUAUUUCACUCGUUGCUGUGUUUAGAUGAAGCGAAUGCUGCGUGGUGUCGUUCCCACAGCAAUUACACGCGUAAGUCACGUUCAAGGGUUUUAAAAGUGCAAGGAAAACAAAAGAAAAUAUAAUUCCUCCUGUGUCUUUUUUGUCAUGUGAACUUUAUAGACCUCGAUGUGUACCUGAAGGCCACACAGAGUUAUAGGCCACUGAUAUAGGCUCCACAUAAGGCAUCGUGCUCAUUAUAGAUAUAAAUACCCUUUGUUUUUCUUUUUAAAUAUCAUUUGAGUUUAGAGUCGUUGUUAUUACAGUUUGUCCGCUUCUGUGUUUCUUUCUACUUACUUUAAAAUAUUUGAGCUGAGCUCCUUCACUAAAGGCCUUGUUUUAGUUUCCCAAUUUCUCUUUUCAAUGUCCGUGUCCCCCCCCCCUUUUUAAACUUCUAAUCUUAUUUUUUUGUAUCCUUAUAUUUUAAUCAUCCAUAUGUCUAUUGCCAUUUUAUAAUUAUUAUAAUAAUAUUAUAUUGCGUAUACAUGAAUAAUAUACUUCCAUAUUAAAUAGUUUUAGUGCGCCUGAUGUAAAAAAAAAUGUUAUCUCUGAGUGACUGUCGAAGGAAAAAAGAAAAAUAAUAAUAAUAAUUAAAGCAAAACGGAUGUUCGUGUUGUCAAUUGUCUCGGUUAACUGUCUCAGUUUCAAAGUCAAAGAUCUCAGUUCUUUUCUUUAUUGACCAGUUUAAAAAUAAUAAUAAAUAUGAUGGGCUGUGGUUAAUGGAAUCUCCAAAGUUAUUUCGUAAUAAAACGGGGGGAUAAUAAACAGGCCUAUGUUUUUGUUGUGUGAAUCCCGCAAUGUUGUUGGUUUGCAUAAAACAGUGUUUACACAUUUCAACACUUUGUGACGUUUGUUUUGUUUGAACUUGUCGCAUCGAUACCAAAGAUAAUUUUAUUUCAAAACCCAUUGCAUGUUUUUAUUAUUUCCAUUAUUACUGUUAAGACAUUAAGACUAAUAGAUUGUUGGUCGGUUUAUUUUUCCAGCACAAGUUGAUUUUAUUUUUAUUUUCCUCAUUCUUUACCUUGUACACAUUUGUCCUCCUUGAAGACAAAAUCAAUGGAACCCUAAGCAAAAAUAUUCAUGUGACCACCACAUUCUUUUUUCUUUUUUUUUUUGAAAAACCCUUAACUUUGUAUUCUAACGUCAAAAAAAUACACUUGUGACAAAAUGCAAACAACGACAUUGCCGUUAAUAAUGUGUGUAAUAAUAAAAGACACAUUUCUAUCGGGA